AUCGGCAGGUCGCUCAGUUAAAACAAUUGAUCAGCAUCACGCCAAAUAAAUAACCUGCAGCCUCCAACAUGUAUUCAAACAAAAUUGAAGGACCACGAAGAGGGAGGUCAUUUGAUUCGAUGAAUAUCGCCUUUGAAGAGAAACUGCUUAACAAUGAGAUUAACAAGUCAACCUUCAACAAAAUCGACGAGAAAACCGAGAAGAGCAACGCACCUGAGAAAGGGGGAGCAACAGUCAUCUUCUCCCUGAAAAACGAAGUGGGAGGACUGGUCAAAGCACUGAAACUCUUCCAGGAAAACCACGUCAAUCUCGUACACAUAGAAUCCAGGAAGUCCAAGCGGCGCAACUCAGAGUUUGAAAUAUUUGUGGACUGUGACAGCAACCACGAGCAACUGAACGAGAUCAUCCAACUCCUCCGCAAGCACGUGAACAUAGUGGACAUGGAGCCUCCCGAUAACUCCUGUCUGCUGGAGGAAGGAGACAUGGACAGCGUCCCCUGGUUCCCAAAGAAGAUCUCGGACCUGGACAAUUGCGCCAACCGGGUCUUGAUGUACGGCUCGGAUCUGGACGCAGACCAUCCGGGUUUCAAGGACAACGUUUACCGCAACAGAAGAAAGUACUUUGCAGAUCUGGCAAUGAGCCAUAAACACGCUGAUCCCAUCCCCCGCGUGGAGUUCACAGAGGAGGAGGUGCAGACCUGGGGGGUGGUGUACAGGGAGCUGAACAAGCUGUACCCCACCCACGCCUGCAGGGAGUACCUGAAGAACCUGCCCCUGCUGGCCAAACACUGUGACUGCAGGGAGGACAACAUCCCCCAGCUGGAAGACGUCUCCCGCUUCCUCAAAGAGCGCACAGGGUUCACCAUCAGGCCCGUGGCUGGCUACCUCUCCCCCAGGGACUUCCUGGCCGGCCUGGCCUACCGUGUGUUCCACUGCACGCAGUACGUGCGCCACAGCUCAGAUCCCUUAUACACGCCCGAGCCGGACACGUGCCACGAGUUGCUGGGCCACGUCCCCCUGCUGGCCGAGCCUAGCUUCGCCCAGUUCUCCCAGGAGAUCGGCCUCGCCUCGCUGGGAGCCUCGGACGACUCCGUUCAGAAACUGUCCACAUGUUAUUUCUUCACGGUGGAGUUUGGCCUAUGCAAGCAGGAGGGGAGGCUACGGGCUUACGGGGCAGGGCUGCUCUCCUCCAUCAGCGAACUCAAGCACGCGCUGUCCGGUAACGCCAGCAUAAAGCCCUUUGACCCCAGAGUGACCUGCAAACAGGAGUGCAUGAUCACAACAUUCCAGGAUGUAUACUUUGUGUCAGACAGCUUCGAAGAGGCCAAGGUGAAGAUGAGAGAGUUUGCCAAGACCAUGAGGCGUCCUUUCACCAUCCGCUACAACCCUUACACCCAGAGUGUGGACGUGCUGAAGGACACGCCGAGCAUUAACAGCGUGGUGGAGGAGCUCCGGCACGAGCUGGACAUCGUGGGCGACGCCCUCAGCCGCCUCAACCGCCACCUGGGGAUCUGAGCGGUCGCCCGGGACGCUCCUCAUCCAAUGAGAAUUGCUCGGGCGUCGUCAGCGCGUCCUCAACCAAAAGCCCACCACUGUACAGACUGUCAGCUGCUCGUAGGUUCGAUGUCUCAAACAACGUACGUGCUUCCAUGGUACCUGAAUGUCCACGGUAAAAACAUAUAUUUACGGCUUAUAACUACUUUAAUUACUAUGUUAUAUGACCUCAUUUACUUGGACUGGUUUUGGUGAGUGUUUUAUAUUCACGACGUCUGUGUAAUUCAUUGUUAUUGAUGAUAUUCCUCUCAUGUACUAAAUCUCUGUGAUUGCACUCUAUGUUGUGCGCUCUAUUGCC